AUGGCAGCCGUGUACUCGUCGUCUACCAUGGCCACGUCCGAACGGAGCCGUCGCUCAAGACUCGAUUCCACACUUGUUGACUUCUCUCCGGGCCUGGAUACCGAGUCUGAUCCCCUAUUACGAUCUACCAAUCCGUUUGCCCGCGACCAUGAUUGUCCUUCACAUGAACCGUACCGCUCCAUCGCCACCGCCAACUCCUGCUCAUUCUCCCAUGUCUCCAUCAGCCAGCAGUCCCAAUCCCAGCCCUCCCUCCUCCAGCUCAGGCACAGAAUCAACCGCAAAACAGAUCUCCUCCUUCUCCCGCUCCUCUCCACCCUCUACCUCUUCAAUGGCCUCGACCGCGGCAACGUCGGGAACGCUCAGACGCAGGGGUUCACAGCGGAUAUCGGGUGCGAGCCGCGCGAUUUGAACCUGGCUAUCUCGGCAUUUUGGGUCAUGUUUGUUGCUUGUCAGCCGGUAUCCGCUGCUUUUGGGAGGAGAUGGGGAGGGAGAGUGUGGAUUGUUGGAAUCAUGGCCUUUAUCAAAGGAAGAGGCUCGCUUCUAACCACCCGCCUUCUCAUCGGCGCCUUCGAAGCCGGAUUUUAUCCCACGGCCCUCGCCUACUUGACAGUGUUCUAUCCCCCUUAUGACCUUGCUGUGCGCAUUGCGCUGUUCUAUGGACAAUACGCGGUGGCAGGGGCGUUUUCUGGGGCCAUAGCCUAUGCUAUAUUCCGGAUAGAGCACCCGACUUUGAAGAGCUGGCAGCUCCUGUUCCUCAUUGAAGGUGGUGCGACGUGUCUUGUCGCACUGUUUGCAUGGAUGUCAGUACCCCCCUUCGUCUUUGGCGCAUUGGGCGUCUACCUCUUUGCCCUUUCCUCCGACCGCAGUCAAGAGCGGGGAUAUCACAUCAUGGCUGGACUUGCCAUUUCCGCAGUCGGGUUAGCAGGCAUUGUUUUCACCACUUCCUCGUCCGGCAAGUACAUGGCCCUGUGCAUUCUUCUCUUCGGCUCCUACGUACCCCCGCCCCUAACCGCUGCUUGGCUAUCCAAUAACACGCGUUCCCCCAACAAGAGAGCACUUGUGCUGGGUGUCAACGGAUGGGGUAAUCUGGCGGGGGUUAUUGGGAGCUGGGUGUUUAGGAUUGGCAGUGACCAUGACGAGGGCCAUGGUCAAGAGGAUAGGGGACAUGGAUAUAGGGAGCCGUUAUUGAUCACAUUUGGGUUUGUUGGGAUAGCAAUUAUGGGGUAUUGGGCGUAUACGGAGGUGCUGAGGUGGGAGAACGGGAGAAUGGAUGAGGCUGAGGUUGGAAAGAUGGUGGAGGAGAGCAGCAUGAAAUGGGACAGCGAGAAUCGAUGUAGGACAAUGCAUGGGGAGGGGAAGCCAAGUUCUAGGGGUCAUAACUUGUAG